GCGUCACGGAUGGUUGGUAACCAAAACAGAUGUUGAACAAUGAAUAAUUAUGCGAAUCUAACCCAUACAAGCAGCUCCAGCGGCAGCGAUAGUGUGAAUCAGAAGUCUAAAAUGGCGUUGGAAAGCUUGAAAACUUUAAAAGUUUUGAUGUAUAAACACCUUGUGGUGCGUAUGAAGAGAUUCAUACACACUCCCGUGGAAUUGCUGUCCUCAAUGAUGUAUUUCCUUAUACUGUUUCUUGUUAAGGAUUUAAUUGUUUCUGUAACACCUGAGCAUUUACAAAUGAGCGAUAUCAAAGAAACGGAACCUUACACGCUUAAAGUCGCAGAUUUGGUGUAUACUAAUUUAAAUCUAAUUUUAUACACCCCUGAUACAAAUAUAACGAGGCAGCUUAUGGACAGAGUUGGGCCAAAAUUACGUUUAUUCCGGUCCAACAACAUUUCUGGAGAUUCCAGGUUUAUGAAUGAUUACAUAGGUGUUGAAAAUGAAACUUUACUUGAUUAUUUUGUGACCACGAGAAAGAAAUCGAAGAACAAAAUAAAUGACAUGCAUUUAGACCAAUACUCAAUCGUCAUAUUCCACGAUGUUGAGGAAACAAAACUGCCCAGUCAUUUGCGUUACACUAUAAAGAUGAAUGAAAAUUUCCGAGUGUACGACUACCAAUCCGAGGACUCCAUGAUUGGACCCCAUUACAACUUUGGUGAGGAAUACAACGUUUUCAUGUGUAUACAAUGGGCGAUUGACUCCAGCUACCUGGAAUUGCAAGGCGUCGCAGGCAUCGAUAAGUUACAACUGACUAUGCAAGAAUUCCCUUUCGUGGACUCUGUCACGCAGCCGAACAUGUUACUCGUCACUACUCUGGCGCACCUCAUUUGUUACAUCUCGCUUUCUCUGCCCUUCAUCUUCCUCAUGGCUAGGCUGCUUGAAGAACGUUCUUCGGGCAUGCAGGAACUAAUAAAAAUGGUGGGCGUAUCAACAAAUAUGCUCAACAUAUCGCAUUUCCUCAACGUGCUACCGACUGGUCUCGUGUAUAGUAUAUGCGGGACCGUAUUCGUCACCGUCGGGAAGGUAUCCCUAAUACCUAAUACAAAUCCAUUGCUGAUAUUCAUAAUGUUAUUGCUGUAUUUCAUAUCAGUAAUGACGUUUGCGUUCGCCUGCAGUUACAUAGCUAAAAGUGCUCAGUAUGCAGUAACAUUAUCCACAAUAUGCUUCAUCAUGUCAUGGGUGCCGCUGCGGCUUCUGAUGGCAGUGAAGAGAGUCAACAUAGCGACACUGAUCCUCACGGGCAUGAUGCCGCACGUGCCCAUGUUUUGGUUCUGGAGCGAAGUCAGCAACGUGGAGAAAUAUGGGCAGGGUCUACAAUUUGCAGAUAUUUUUAGGCCGCACAGCUUGUUCAGCGGUUCCGUGUUUAACUGCUAUAUCAUGUUCAUACUCCAAAUCGUCGUCUUAGCUUUCGUUGCGUGGUACCUCAGUAAAGUACGCCCCGGAAAAUUUGGAACCGCGCUACCGUUGACCUUCUUGUUUGAGCCUUCAUACUGGCAUUUGAAGAAAGUGAAACCAUAUACGGAAAGAGACGAGGACGACUAUGUGCCGAUGGCGGAAUCUCGUGACCCACGCUACUUUGAAAAGCCGCCGACCACCGCCGUUAUUGGUAUUAGCAUCAACAACCUCACCAAAGUGUACAAUAAAGAAAAAGUUCUGAACAACGUGUCAUUCGAUGUCUACAAAGGGGAGAUCACGGUGCUGCUCGGGCACAACGGAGCCGGGAAAACUACACUUAUGUCUAUUAUUACAGGAGUGACAAGCGCAACGGAAGGCACAGUGUCGGUAAAUGGAUUGGACUCGUUGCAGAACCAGCAGCUGGUCCGAAAGCAACUCGGCCUCUGCCCACAGGAAAACGUCUUUUUCCCCGAUCUCAAUGUGAUCCAGCACAUCAUCUUCUUCUCUAUGUUAAAAGGCAGCAGCUACAAGGCAGCAAAGGCAUCUUCUCAUGAACUUAUGAGACGCCUAAAAAUUGCAGACAAAGCCAAAAAUAAGAGUGAGGAAUUGUCUGGGGGUAUGAAACGAAGAUUGCAGCUUGCGUGCGCGCUGGCUGGUGGAGGCAACGUCCUCAUACUCGAUGAGCCUACUUCGGGGCUCGACGUCGAGACUCGACGGGAACUUUGGAACUUGUUAUUGUCGCUUCGCGGCGAGCGCACGGUGCUGCUGACGACGCACUUCAUGGAAGAGGCGGACGCGCUGGGCGAUCGCGUGGCGGCGCUGCACGCCGGCCGCCUGCGCGCUGUCGCCACGCCCAUCUACCUCAAAAAGAACAUGGGUACUGGCUACCGAUUAUCAAUAACGACAACCGAACAACGCGACAAAGAAGCAGCAGAUGCAGCAACCCGACAAAUCACCAAUUUCGUAAUAAAACGCGUACCAAAUUCAGAACUAAAAGGACAAGGUCUCAACAGCCUUGAGUACUCACUACCGUCUGCCAGCAGCAAGAACUUCCCUAAAUUGUUCUCAGAGUUAGAAGAACAACGACAAACGCUCGGAAUAGAGUCGAUUGGAGUCGGUGUUUCUACUCUUGAGGAAGUCUUUUUGAAGUUGUGCAGCGACGUUGACACAAAUUUCACGGGUGACGUUGUCGACGGUCAGCUUCCACAAAGCCCGACGUAUCCGAAAGUGAAGGGUGUUUAUAUGGUCCUGAACCAAUUGCCUGUGCUUAUGCUAAGGCAUAUUAAGUAUUUAUACUUUAAGAAGUGGAGUUUCAUCUUCAUGCAAGUAUUACUACCAAUUCUGUUAGUAUUCGUCUUCUCCUACUCUACAAACGAUUCUAUAAGUGCUUCCAAAAACACAGCUAACGGUAUGGCCAUGGACCUCAGCAUAUAUAAAGACAUGUAUCAACCCAAAGUUCUUUAUAAAUUGGAUCAAAAUGACCCGGCUCAGUUAAAGAAUUUUCGACGGUUUAAUAAAGUUGUCUUUGAAGAAACGUCGAAUAUAACUGAUGCGAUCAUUCGAAAAGGCCAGCAAGACUUAAUCGAGUAUAGUAAAUACAUUGCAGGAAUCGACCUCGAAGGUGAUAACGCUAAGGUAUACUACACAACGACAGUGCGCCACGCAGCGCCCGUAGCUGUAAACUUGCUGAGCAACUUGCUGGCAGCUAAAAACGAUCGCUCCAUCACCACGUACAACCAACCGCUCAAGACGGCCUUUGUCGUCGACCAGAUGGUGCCUAAGUCAGCAUUCACUACGGCGAUGUGGUCUCUUUUCGUCCUUUUUGUAAACUUAUCAACAGUAAUGAACGCAGUGUCUUUGCUGAUUAAAGAGCGCGUGUCAGGAACUCGCCACAUCCACAUAAUGGCUGGGUGUCCCCCGUUGAUCCAUUGGAUGGCCACGUUUAUCACUCACGUGUUGAUGUACACUGCUAUCUCGGUGGUGCCCACACUAAUCGCUGCAGCUAUUAUGGACCGCGAUAAUACUAUAAACAAAGCGGACUUUCUCCUAUUCGCUUUCGUGGUCUUCGAAUUGGCAGUAAUGGCGUUCCUCGCGUUCACGUACUUCGUCAGUUUCGGUUUCGGCGAGCGAGCAGCGCUGGGAAUGCUCACCGUCGUCCUCAUGAUCGCAGGUUUAUUACCAGCUACCGUAACAAUAAUUAACGACUCCGGACCAAAAUCUGAAAUGGGCGUUUGGCUGAUAAUGAUCAGUAUUUCGAAAGUGUUUAUACCACCUCACGCGGCGCUGCUGGCUUUAUACAACGGAGGCAAAAGCGCCGAGAUAAAUGCCCAGUGUGACACGGUUGUACACUUGUGUAAGACACAGAUGAUCGCUAGAUCGGAGCUUAAGAAUUGCUGCGAUCAAAAUAGUCCAGGUUGCUACUUCUGUUUCGGCACAGACAGACCUGGUGAACAAAUGCUAAUACUUCUUGCACAAGCUGUAAUGUACAUGAUGCUCGUGAUCUUCGCUCAACAUGGCUACCUGAACCUCUUGCGGGACAAGGUGACUAACCUGAAAUACUCCAAGCCGCAAAAACAUUACACCGAUGAAAAGGUCAUAAAGGAAGCGACUUACGUCAACAAGAGCAUUGCGCAGCCGGUGGCGCAAAUACCUGACGCAAUGUUGGUCGAUGACGUGCACAAAAACUACGCUAGCUUUCGCUGUUUCCGCCUCAGGAGUUGCAACGCUGUCAAGGGUGUCAGCUUCUCCGUUCGAAAAGGCGAGUGCUUCGGCUUGUUGGGCGUGAACGGUGCGGGCAAGUCUAGUACGUUCCGUAUUAUCACGGGCGAGCACUGCGCGACUCAGGGACAAGUAUUCGCCAACGGACACUUCCUUAGGCGUCCUCGGCAACAGUACCUGCAGUCCCUAGGAUACUGCCCGCAGUUCUUCGGACUGGACGAGUUUAUGACGGGGCGCGACAACCUAGUGCUGCUGCUCAAACUGCGCGGCCUGUCUGGGGACGACAUGGACAAGGAAGUUAAAUCCUGGAUAGAAGUCGUUGGUCUGGGGCGGUACGCCAACGUGUACGUGGCCAACUACAGCGGCGGCUGCAAGCGGCGGCUGGCCGCGGCGGCGGCGCUGGCGCAGGGCGCGCCCGUGACGCUGCUGGACGAGCCCACGGCCGGCGUGGACGUGUCCGCGCGCAGACGCGUCUGGAGCGCGCUCCGGAGGGGGCAGGCGCAGGGUCGCGCCGUCAUCAUCACUUCGCACAGCUUGGACGAGAUGGAGGCGCUGUGCAACCGCAUAGCGAUAAUGUCGUACGGCGAGCUGGGCGCGCUGGGCUCGCCGGCGGCUCUGCGCGCCGACCACGCCGCGGGACAUGCCGUGCGGCUUAAGCUGCGCGUGCCCGACGACGGUACGUGCAAGUCAUUCCUUUCAAGCAAACUGCACACAUCAAAAGUGUCAUAG